AGACAGACAGGGAGGGAGUGCCCUCACUGGCAGCUGGCUAAUUAUUGAUGGCCUUGCCGGUCUUCAUGAGGAUGUGUCAAAGUUCAGUCGGUGUGUAUGUGUGUGUGUGUGUGUGUGUGUGUGUGUUGCGGGGGUGCUUAGACAACAGGGUGUGUCGUCUCCUUCAGGUGCAUAGCUGUGCUAGUUGCCUCUAGCCUCUAACACUGUCCGUCUCGAGUGACACAUCUCGCAAGCUUGGACACAGAUCGUUCCGAGUGUUGCUCACAAGGACUUAGCCAGCUCACACAGACAAGAGUGACCAGUGCAUGACGACCGUGACUCUGCUGCAGACUCCCACAACCUCCUCAAGCCCUCUAGGAUCAUGUCGGGCAUCUACGAUGAGUCGGCCAGCCAGGAGGAUGGCACAGACAGCUUCUGGGAGGUGGGGAACUACAAGCGUGCUGUGAAGCGGAUUGAUGACGGCCACAGGCUCUGCAAUGACCUGAUGAACUGUAUACAAGAGCGUGCCAAAAUUGAGAAGGCCUACAGCCAGCAGCUGACCGACUGGUCCAAGAGAUGGAGACAGCUGGUGGAUAAAGGACCCCAGUACGGCAGUGUGGAGAGGGCCUGGGUGGCAGUGAUGACGGAGGCUGAGAAGGUAAGUGAGCUGCACCAGGAUGUGAAGAACAGCCUGGUCAACAAUGACUUUGAGAAGGUGAAGAACUGGCAGAAGGACUCCUACCACAAACAGAUGAUGGGAGGCUUCAAGGAAACCAAAGAGGCAGAGGAAGGCUUCAAGAAGGCCCAGAAACCGUGGGCCAAGAAGCUCAAGGAGCUUGAGACUGCCAAGAAGACGUACCACCUGGCUUGUAAGGAGGAGAAGGUGGCGUCGAUCAGAGAGGCCAACAGCAAGGCAGACGCCUCAGUCGCGGCCGACCAGCAAAAGAAGCUCCUGGACAAGGUGGACAGGUGCAAGCAGGAUUCUCAGAAGGCUAAGGAGAAGUAUGAGAAGACUCUGGAUGAGCUGAGGAACUGUACGCCCCAGUACAUGGAGAACAUGGAGACAGUGUUUGACACGUGUCAGCAGUUUGAGGAGAAGAGACUGCGGUUCCUCAGGGAGGUGCUGUUGGACAUCAAACGACACCUCAACCUCACCGAGAACCAAAGCUAUGCCACAGUGUACAGGGACCUGGAGCACACCAUCACCUCUGCCAGCGCACAGGAGGACCUGAAAUGGUUCAGCAACAACCACGGCCCUGGCAUGCAUAUGAACUGGCCCCAGUUUGAGGAGUACAACCCAGAGAUCACUCACAUGAUCAGCAAGCGAGAGAAGUCAAAGAAAGGGGCAGACGGUAUCAUGCUGACCAACGUGACAGCGGCCCCGGACUAUGUGGCUGCAUCGGCUGGAGACAGGGGCAGUGUGAGCAGCUCUGAUAAGAACCAGGCCUACUCCUCCCAGGACCAGUCGGCAGAGUGGUCAGACGAUGAGCAGGCCGCGCCAAACUCCGGCUCAGACACCAAUGGGGGUGGGGCCAACCCCUUUGAGGAGGAGUCAGCGAAGGGUGUGCGGGUGAGGGCGCUGUAUGACUAUGACGGGCAGGAACAGGACGAACUCACCUUUAAAGCAGGAGACGAGCUGACUAAACUAGAAGACGAGGAUGAGCAGGGUUGGUGUAAAGGCCGGUUGGACAGUGGCCAGCUGGGCUUGUAUCCUGCUAAUUACGUGGAGCCCGUCUAGCUGCUUGUGUACGUGGAGGACACUGCCCCAUUGGUUAGUCACCCAGACUGAACCGUCUGAUCAUACUGCACAUUACCAGAGACUUCAAAGCAAUGCUUCCCCAUCCCUCCUCUCUACCUGUGCAAUCAACACACAGACUGAGCCGUCUUUAUUUAAACACUCCCCUAGGACCCACAUCAGACAAAGGCAGUACCAACACGACCGACACAUAUCAACCACAACACUGGGCUUGGGACCAUGGUCGAACCACGUCAGUAUACGUGUGCCAACAACAAACACCACAACCGAGAAGCGCAGGAAAACAAUUCAGCAUUUUUGUGUAGCUGUGUUCUAUUCCAAUGUUGUGCAGUGGUUAUGAUGACAUUCACAUGGCAGAAAGUACGUUCCUUUAUAACAUAUGACAUGGUUUAGUCCAUGGUGCUUGCAUAGCCAGAAUGAGCUAUGUAAAUGAGCUAGGUGCAUUGUAAAUAUGUGCUGACGGGUCUGUCAUUCCAUGUAAGGUUCUAAAAGUCCCCCUGUGAAACAGAAGCAGCAGCAGCAUGUGCUGCUGUAUGACAUUAAUGACCUUUAGCUGCAGGAUCACUGACAAAUCACUGUUGAGCAGAGCAGAGGACAGCAGUACUACGCUGUUGAGCCUUGUUCAGUGUAAUGGCAUCGAACAGUGUUUCUCUACCCUCGUUGUACCAGAGACUGGCAAGCUAUGGUUCUCCUCUUUGGAUGACAGUUUAGUUGAAAAGCUUCUCUCAAGAUCAGAUGAUGUUGGUGUCAGACAGAUGAGGGACCACUCAGUAAUGUCUCAGGGGCCCGGUGCCAGACCAGGGACCGAGGGUUGAAGAAACACCGGUAUAGGACAUAUUCUUUCCCUAAAGCAGCAUUGAGAUAAUGUACUUGUAGUACCUCCGAUCAUACCAUGUUGAUCAUGUGCUUGUAAUUUCCUGACCCCACUGCUUUCUGGACUCAUCACUUUAUGUCGUUUUUCUUUUGUCUUAAAGUGCACGCUGUGUUCAUUGAGAAAUAUGAAAAAUAUGCUUUAUUGUUUUGAUUUCUUUUGUCCUUUUUUUCUUUAGCACGUAUUGGGUUUAGGUAGUGCAUUCCUCAGCCUAUGUGGGCCUCCACAAGGGUUCAGCGCAAUGAUAGCAUUGACCCAACUCCACUAACGGGUUAAACGGUUUGUCAUCAGAAAUGAACUGUCGCCGACCAAAUUAAAGUUAGACAAAGACAUUUAGGAAUAUGAGAGAAUCCUGGGAAUUCACUGUAUAGAUGACACAUUUAUCGUAGCAAACUAACGAGAGUCCCACUGCCCCAUGCGAGAUACUAGAUUCUAUCCAUAGAUAUAAAACACAUGCAUCUUUUUAUGAAUGAAAAGGAGUCACCUUAACUGUAUCCCUGCUCAGUCUCUGUCUCUCUCCACCUUGCUCUUCCUGAUCUAACGGUCAUUGCAUACUAGAUCACAAUACGCUGUUAAAUACUACUGAAAGUGAGCCUACUGUACAUGUUGACCAAAUCAUUCCUUCUUUUUAGUUUAUGUUUUUAUCCUGUCAGUUGAAUCCUUAAUCCUUAACAUCAUUUUAGAAACUGAUGCCAAUGAUUUGUGUCUCUUGGCAAAAUUGAGACUUAUCCAAAUAAUGGGGAUAACGUGAAUCUAUACAGCACACAAUCCUUAAUCCUUGUCUACUGAACUCGUGAAUCAAAGAGAAUCUGCAGCGGAGAUAAUACCUAUAAAAUGUGUGACUGUUUAUAUACAUACAGUAUGUGUAUAUAUAUAUGUAUAUAUACAGGGUUUCAUAUAUACACAUAUAUAUAUGUGUGUGUGUGUGUAUAUAUAUAUACACACACCACCAUAUAUAUAUAUAUGUGUGUGUGUGUGUGUAUAUAUAUAUAUAUGUGUGUGUGUGUGUGUAUGUAUAUAUAUAUAUAUGUAUGUAUGUAUGUAUGUAUGUAUACAUAUACAUAUACGAAUACAUAUAUAUACAUAUAUGUAUCUAUGUAUACGUAUACGUAUACAUAUAUGUAUGUAUUUGUAUGUAUGUAUGUGUGUGUGUAUGAAACAGUGUUAACCCUUUAAACACCAGGGAUGUACUCUUAAUGACAAUGACAUGGGGAUAGAACGCUACAGUACAAAGUACACUGUAAAGAAAGGCAGAAAGUGUAAAAUAUUGAUGAGGAAACUGUCUUUUCUGCUGCUAGAAGUUCAUUUUGGAGAUCUGGGAUAUAGCUAAUGGGGGGGACAUUUUGGGACUGCACUUCCGAUAGUGGGAUAAAACAUUUUAACCAUCAGCUCUCCAAAUGAAACCCAAGCCUAGCUAAAUCAGUAAAUGCUUCACCUGAGCCACACCACCCACACACACACACACACACACACACACACACACACACACACACACACACUUACAGAGAGAGAAGAGAGCCUGUGUACACAGACACUGGCUCAGUGCAUCUGGAAAGACCCAGUUAAAUUACCACCAUGAAAAGACACAACUAGUGCACAUGCUCUUUUAAACUAUUGUAGACUCCUUUAGCCAGUUCAACGCCCCAAUAAAGUGCAGAUAGUACACUAUUGUCCGUGUACCCAGCAAACACAAUGCAUUGUAUCUAAAUCAGAAUGAGAUUGUUUACAAUACUGUUGUACACAUGUCAUCUAAUUUGAAUAUGAUUAUGAUGUAAAGUACAGUCAUUUACAUCGUGACCAUGGUGUACACACAGAAAUUCACGUGAAGCCGCGACAGGAUGGUGAAUAUGUAAAGAUGUUUUAACCUUUUAUUUGACCUUGUCUUGCAUACAGUAUAGUAUGUAGGGGAACCAGUGGUUGUGGGAAAGACCUAGUGGUCUACAAGUCUGUCUGUUGAGAAUAAUAGUUCUGUAAUCUUCAAACUGUAGUGCCUGUUCAUCUGCAUACAACAAAAUAAAAGGCUUUAUCAGAG